UCGGACCCAAGGAGCGCCACCCCUCCCACCGCGUCCAGUCUCCUAGCCACGACGAGGAGCUCUUGGGAACCGCUAGUUUAUUCCUCCUGCCCGCAACUCCUGUUUGUUGCCAGUAAAGCGCCUCCACACCCAUCAAAUCCAGACUUCUUCAUCCCUAUUUACUACUGUCUUCAAACUUACCCCUAAAAAGUUACUGUAAAUCAACUCCUUUCCCUUGUCUCCCAGGGCUGAGCUUUUUCCUCUAUCUCAGGGCAGUCAAAAUUCUCGUCUAUUUUAGGUCAUGUCUGGAGAUAAACCUGCCCAGAGCCCAGAGGACGGUGUCUGCAUCACCGAAGCCCUUAUCAUUAAGCGCAACUUGACUUUCCCCGAGGAUGAGGAUCUGUCAGAGAAGAUGUUUCACACCCUUGCUGACCUGCAGACGGUGCGCCUGGACCGAGAGCAGAUUACCGCGAUCAGAAACCUAGAGGGCCUGCAGAAUAUUCACAGCCUCUAUCUGCAACAGAACAAGAUCCAGCGGAUCGAGAACCUGGCUUGCAUUCCCUCCUUGCGCUUCCUGUCCUUGGCAGGAAACUGCAUCAGGCAGGUGGAAAACCUUCUCGCCCUCCCGCACCUUCAGUUUCUGGACCUUUCUGAGAACCUGAUAGAUUCCCUGCUGCUGGAUGAGCUCCCCCAGAGCCUUCUCAUCCUCAGCCUCACUGGAAACCAGUGCACCACCCGGAAGGGAUACAGGGAGAUGGUGACUGCAGCACUGCCCCUGCUCCUGGACCUGGACAAGCAGCCCGUGGCCGAGCGCUGGACCUCAGAGGAGGAGGACCAGGCCUCGGGGGACGAGGACGAGUUCCUGGGGCUGAAUGGCCCGUUCUGCUCAGAGCGAGGCUUCUUCAGGGAGCUGGCUCGGGAGACAACUGGGCCCCUGGAGCGCCGGCAGCAGGCGGCCCUGAUGGAGCACCUUCUGCGGAUGGAGACGCAGCCCGUCAUCACCGAGCUGCCCCCUGCCCCCCGCGCUGGCGACAGCAGCCCUAGGGUCUUCCCAGCCCAAAAGGAGGAGCCACGCCCGGCCUCCUUGCCCCAGGCUUCAUCUCCUGCCACCAAACCAAGGGUGCUGGCGCCCAGGGACCAGAAAAGCUCUGGCCAGGCUGAGAAGGAGCCUCAAGCCGCCUCGGCCUCUGCCCCUGCCCCUGCCCCUCAGACCUCUGUGGUCAGCAUCCCCAGCACAACCAAGACUACGACCGAGAGAGCCAAGAAGUGAAGCGUGGCCUCUGACUGUGGCUUCCCUCUGACCCACGCCCUCACUUGCCCCAGCCCUCUCAAUAAAGGGUCGCUGGCCUCGAAAUGCCUUUCCUGUC